GCUGAGUAAAAGAUGACAGAAAUUUCAUUUAUCCCUUUAAAAGGUUUAGAAUAUCAAAUUCGAAGGCCUCUCUCUUGUCAUGACUUGUAAAUGCAUAGCAUACCACUAUCAAAGGAUGGUCUCAGGUGCAGCACACUUUGGGUCAACGUACAGUAUGUGUGACAAGUGGCACACGUGCCUGCCAUGGCACUCUGAAAGCUAGACAUACGUCUUGCACAUGGGCACACGCUAACGGUGUCUCCUAUCUGGCAUAUUUGUAGUGCUUUUCUUACUGCUGAUGAGUUAAGUAAUGUCAUAAUGUGAUUAAAUGACAGUGUUCCUAUCAUAGACCAUCCCUGAAAUAUUCAGUGCUAAAAUAAGUGAGAUAUUUCCGGAGUAGGGUCACAUGGGCUGUUAAUCUAUCACUGAAAAAUUAGUAAUCUAGGUCAAACUAAACAGGGGUUUAAUUUGUUACAAUAGCCCCCCUACUAGUCUGUGACGGCUGUACAUUGCUGGCAACGAAUUUAAAGAGUUGUUAAGCUCUAACACACCAAAAGUGGUCAUGUGUAAGAUCAGAGAAUGCGUGAGGAUAUAUGUGUAUGUAUGGUGUGUAUUUUGAUACUGCGCUGCGUGUUUCUGAGCUGAAACGCCAGGCUUGUAUCGCCUUUCAUUCCAGGGCCUCAUAUCCCAAGAGGGAUGUUAACCAGCCACAUUAGACACUUGCUAGCAUGCUGCUGUGCCGGGGAGAGAUGGGACGCCAAUACCAUUCCACCUGCACUCAUACAUGCUGUACACACGGAUAAAUCAAUGGUUUACUUACCCAGGAGUACGGGUUGCUGACUGAUUCUUAAUGAUAUGUCUUUCAGGACUGUGUGACAUCAAGACACAAGAAGGAGAGAUCUUCAACAUGAACACAGACAGUGGAGGACAGAUCCGCAAAAGCGCCACGCUUUUACUCACUCUAACCCCCAUGAAGAGAAUCCAGAGCUCACCAAACCUAUGCACGCUCACAGACUCUGAAUCACAAUCCAACGAUUCAGAUUUGUGGAGGCCCAGUAGCAGCACCAACGAUGGUCUGAGAAAUGGUGACCUGUGCUCUUCCUCUUUGGCAGCUAAAGGCUACAGAAGUGUCAGGCCCAACUUUCAGGAUAAAAAGUCUCCCACGCCAGCACAAGAGCAUAGUGUCCAUUCCCACAGACUGAUGUCCACAGAGGACCAAAUCUCAUGCUCGUCACAAGCAGGGCAGUCCUACAUGCACCCUUUAUCUAGGGAGUUGGAGAGACACGUAGCUUCCCUCUCCAUUCGCAUUAACCCUAUGCCACAGAUAUCCGGACGUCGCACACAGGCACUGUCUUUGAGACCCCCUACCCCUCCUAAAAGGAUGGACCUCCCGGAUAUCCACUCACGCCCCUGCGCUCCACUGCCAUCUGCAGCCCCUCCAGUGCCUGAGGUACCAGUCCUCCUUAAACAAAACUAUCCUGGACCAGCACUGAUCUCACACUCACCCCCUAAUCGGCUCAGAUUCUCCCUCGAUUUCAUCAGCUCCAGAGCACCUGACCUUCACCGAGAGACCCCUUCUCCCAGCUCGGAGCCUCCCCUGGGGCAGAGCCGCUGCUCUUCCCGCACUCAGAGCGAAGCAUCCACAGCAGUGCUGGAAGAAUUGAGGGCGUGUGGACUUAGCCCAGAGGGUGGCUCUCGUACCCCUUCUCCAACCCUCAGCCAGAUGAGUGCGGUCACAGACAACAUGUGGUUACACUUCCCUGCAGCUAGCACCACUAAUGGCCAGAUGACUGUGAACGGGGGUCUGAUUGUGCCAGCAAGUCCUCGUAGUCACCUCCAAAGACCCUUCUCUCCCUCAACAUACCCCCCUCCUCCUUCACUGAGUCCUAGUAUUACAGCCAUGCAGCACGUUAGAACCACUGCCUCUGAGUCUAGCACCCCAAUCUACGGCAACGUGGAUCCUCCUGCACGAGCACCACAUACUGACAGGAAAGAAACAACAGGGAAAGCUCCGCAAUAUACUGGCAUCGGUCCUGUGGAUGAGUCCGGGAUUCCCAUUGCCAUACGGACGACUGUUGACAGGCCAAAAGAUUGGUACAAGACCAUGUUCAAACAGAUUCAUGUGGUGCCUAAAUCAGAGAAAGAGUGGUCUGGAUCCCGUACUGCCACAGACCCUGUUACAAGUACUGGUACAACUAUUUCAAAACAAGAUAAGCAUGCUGCCCCUAAUGCUGUUCAGGCCCAUCCUGCACCUAAAACCGACACCUACCGGCCCAUCACCAAGAGUGUCUCUGAUAAUGGCGUAUACGGUUUCAGGGUACCUGCUGCCUCUUCUCUCCCUUCUCCUCUGCCCACAUCAGCAGCCACACAGCAGAGAUCCAGUGAAAGGGAGGCACCACAGAGAGGCAGGAGCACACCUGACAUGAAUGAGUGGGGACCUCCUGAUAGAAAGGUUGACACACGGAAAUACAGAGCAGAGCCGAGGAGUAUUUUUGACUAUGAGCCGGGGAAAUCCUCUAUUCUAGAGCAAGAAAGAACGACAAGUAACUUAAGACCUGAGGACUUAGAUUUAGAGAAUGAGCCAUGGUAUAAGUUCUUUGCUGAACUGGAGUUUGGGCGGCCGCCUCCCAAAAAACGUCUUGAUUACAAUCCAGAAAGCGCACCUCGAUUCUGCGCAGAGACCUCCCUUUAUCAGCCAUCAACAGGCCUUGAUAGGCCAUCAAGCUCUGCAAAUGAUAAUAAGAGGAGAAGGAAAUCUGAACCUGCAACAACUCAGCUCAGGGUUCAGAGCAGCGUGGGCACAACACUAACGUCUAUGAGAUCACCAGAGUUGCCAAAGAGCAGCAGCACUCAGAGGAAUCCCCUCACCAGCCCCAGUUCCCCUGCCGCCACCAGGACUAAAGGUGGGAAUGUGAGCUAUAUGCACACAGCACAUUUAAAUGGUCAAAACCAUGCUACCUCAGAAUCCACAUAUCAAAACAAAGAGCAAAAUGAGGACAGUUUUGUGGCUGACUCAGCUUUCUCAGAUGGGUUCUCCAGCCUCCCUGAAGGCUGGAAAAGAGCCCAAGAGAUCCCAAAAGACUGGAUGAUCACAGAGGAGACCACGUCUAAGCUCAAAUCCUGGAGUUGUGACGAUCUCCUGUCCGAGGGAAAGGAAAAUAAAGGGAAAGCCCGUUCAGAAAGCAUCGGUUCAUUGUUGCACAAUGGGGAAGAAGAGGCAUCACAAUGCAAUGACGUCAGAGAGUCUGAGGAUCUUAGGGAGAAGAUCGGGCACCGCUCAGCCCACGAUGCACCAGGUUUCCUUAAACUCUACAAGAAGAUGCAUCACAUCAACCGGCAAGAACUGAUAAACUCUACCGUGAUCUGCUCUGUGAAAGCUAGGAUCCAUAAGUAUGAGAGCGAACAGCGUAAGGACAGAUGCACUGGCAUCAAGGGCUGUAACGAAGCAGUGCCUAGGAACAUGGUGCACAACAGGAUUUCUGAAUAUGAGAGUCUGAUCCAGAAAUCCAAAUCCAUGCCAAAUCUUGGAGAUGAGUGCCUGAUCAGGAGUUCUUUUAGGAGGAUCAGCAGCCCCAAGCGCAGCCUCUCUAUUGAGUCAUUACUGGAUGAAGAACCACCGGCCAGGGAUCCCCCUGAAGGACGGCCUCAACCCUCCAAGAUAAACACCCAUGUGCCAAUCCACAUCCAAGUCACCAGUGACCAAUUACAAAACUCUGCCAUGCAGAACAACUACUCAGACAGUGAACACGAUGCUGUAGUGUCUGAUCUUAGUGACUUCAUCCAGAUUGAGGGCUCAUCCUUCUGCAGCGAGAGGGAGUUCGACCUGUGUUCAUUUGCCUCCUCAGAGAGCUUCUGCGGAUCGGGGCACCAGCAUCAUUAUCACAGGCAGCUUGUGAGCUCCUGCAAGGGCCGCUGCCCGGCUUCCUACACGCGGUUCACCACUAUGAUCAAGCACGAGAGGGCCAAGCAGGACCGGAGGCAACAUUUGCGCGUAGAGGAAUCCGAGUUUGGCCUCAGCAAGCUUGCCUUCCUGGUCAGCCCAGUGCCUUUCCGCCGGAAGAACCUGUCACCUUUGAGUUUUUCCCGAAUACCAAACUCCAAGAUCUGCAUGUAUGAUGCUCUAGAUUCUGCCCUAAAAGACAUCUACGACCACAUCCGCACUGAGAAAUGCAGGGGUAGCCUGCCGGACAACACCAUCCUCCAUAGGUUGCUGGUAGAGUUGCUUCCCGACAUUCCUGAGAGGAAUUCCUCUCUGCACGUGCUUGGGAGAGGCAGCCCUACAAUUCAACUUCGCUCUUACCACUCACAGCCUGAUGGCAUGCCCAGCCAGGACACUCACCCACCCAAGUACUCACACCUGUCCCAUAGUGCCUGUCACAACCAUAUAGACAGCAACAACAACCAGAUGAACCGCAACUCUGAAUUCUGCUAUCAAGAUCAGGACACAUCCAGAGAAUACUCUUACCCUGAUGUGGGAAGCCACACACAACAGAGCAGAAGACAAACCCCUGAAGUCAGAGAGAAACUGUCAGCCAGAGCAAUAUAUGACUUCAAAGCACAGACAGCGAAAGAGCUGACGUUUAAGAAAGGAGAUACGGUAUACAUCACUCGGCAGAUAGAUAAUAACUGGUAUGAGGGAGAAUAUCGUGGCCAUAUGGGUAUCUUCCCCAUCUCAUAUGUUGAGAAAAUCCCUCCUUCAGAGAGACAUCAGCCAGCGAGACCUCCUCCUCCAACCCAAAGCAGAGAAAUUGGAGAAGCAAUUGCCCGCUACAACUUUAAUGCUGAUACUAAUGUGGAACUUUCAUUAAGAAAAGGCGAGCGUGUUAUUCUGGUGCGGCAGGUGGAUAAGAACUGGUUUGAGGGCAAGAUUCAAGGUACAAACAAACAAGGGAUUUUUCCAGUGUCUUAUGUGGACGUCGUUAAGAAGACCACAGUACAAAGUACUGGUCAGCCUCCUGGGCCCAAUAUACCCACCAACUACUCCAGUGACAGACUGAACAGUAGGCUGUCAUCUGCUCGUACCCUCCACAACUCUCCAUCCCCAACUGUCCGUCCAUUCUCCUCAUCCUCUCCUAGUCCACAAAGAGCCGCACACCUUCAGGCCAUCACCAGCGAGUGGUUGGCCCUCACUCUGGGUCUGUCUCCUUCAGGAACCCCUGCCCCCACACCUCCACCCUUCCCUUCCAAUUUCCAGCCAUACUAUGAAGUAUUGGAGUCUGCCAUCUCCCCUUCUCCCGGGUCUUCCAUACUGAGCCGCUCUCCUGCCCUCACUCCUCGCAACUUCACUCCUGUGCUCAAAGAGGGCCACUUCAUUCCCAUCUCCUCCCCAAAGUCUUACAUGUCCCCCGAACCCAGCCUGUCACCUCAACCUUAUCUAACCUCCACCUCCUUCACUCCUUCGCCCAUAUCACCCGUAUUUGACGCCAGCCCCAGGUCUGGCAGUGUCAUAGAGAUCCUCUCCAGUCAAAAAUUUUUACCCGAGAAGGAACUGCACUUGUUCUCGGAUCACCAUUAUAAACCUGGCCAGACAGGCCCCCCUAAAUUGCAUAGCCCUAUUGACUUGGUUGUUUUUGAUGCCCACGAAUCUCCAUUGGAAAUUCUGUCACCAAAAGAACCCGAGGAUGAUAUAUGUGAGGAGUUAGUUUCAAUCAUUAAAGCCAGCCAAUCAAAGGGCACAUUCGUAGAAGAGGAGGAAUUGUAUUGCCAGGAACCAGAUAUAAUGGAAAAGCUACCCAGACUGUAUAUAGAGGAAGAGCCAAAAGAAGACAACAGCUUCUUAAACGAACCCCUGACAUCAAAUACGUUUGCUCCAGUCCAACCCGCCCAGAGUGAGGGUUCAGACAUUGAGCAGGGUGAGGUUUCCCAGAAUGCCUCUCCAUAUCUCUCUCCCUCCUCCUCACAGAUAUCAUUGCAGUUCACACAGCCCUCGUCGGCUAAGUACUCUCCCCCUUCCCCGCUACACCCCCCUUUGCCUGGGGUUUCACAGUCGCCCCCUCUCUCUGCCAAACUGUUCUCUCGACAGGACCUCCGCUCCCCAAAGGUCAAGUCUGUUUUAAGGCGUGAUGUUGUGGUUGUUGGUAAGCCCCCUCGUAGCCCUGUGAUGUCUAGGAGGUCCUGCGGAUCGCCUGUUAGAGGUCAAAACUUUUCACCAUCUCAUAGGUCCCAGAGACAAGCAUAUGUUCAUGAUCCUCUUCAAGGUGUUGGAGAAGCAUUUCAAGCCCUGUAUAACUACAUGCCACGAAAUGAAGAUGAGCUGGAACUGAAGGAGGGGGAUGUUGUUGACGUCAUGGAGAAAUGUGAUGAUGGAUGGUUUGUGGGAACGUGCAGGAGAACCAAAUUUUUCGGAACCUUUCCUGGGAACUAUGUGAAGCGGCUUUAAAUGGACACUUCUAAUACACAUCUCUGAUGGUCAUACAUAUACUGAGGGGAGAUGGACAAUGUCACCUACAGUUUCCUGCUGGAAAUAGCAUGACAUGUUCCAGUCAUCAACCUGUUGGACUGAUGGAAGAAGAAGCCAAUGGCCUUGAAGGGGGUUAAUGCACCAUUCAUGCAAUUUGGCUCAAAUAUGUUGACACCAUUAUGUUAAUUAAGAAUUUCAGUAAAUGCUUUAAAACAUUUGGUUGCAAACAUUUUUCUCAUAGUUGAAAAAAUCAGUAGGCUCAACGCCUAGUUAAGCUGAUGAAUUUCAACAAUAUGAGUUCUCAAGUGCCCUGUUUAUCUUCAUUGGGAGGGUAAAAUACAGGUGAGGAAUGAUCUACGGGUCCUCUUCUGUACGCUGGACCUGAUGUCUGAUCUGAUCUAGACCGUGUAGAUUGAACAGUAUUGCAGUGUCAUGUUUGCGUCAGGCAGUGGAUAUUAACCAUUCCUGCCAACAUGAAUGUUGUUUUUACUAUGAAAACUCUCUGGUUCAGAAGAAAGACCUCCGGUUUUCUAGGGCUCUAUGUUCUUCCUCCAGACAUUCCUUUAAGGAUUUGAAGGAUUUUACAGAUAAGAGAAAAAUAUUUUUGAUGUUUUUCAAUCUACAGAGAGAACGUU